AUGUGGAAACGGAAACAGGUCAGUCUGGCUUUUCGAUGGAACGUGUACGCGCUCGAACCGGUCGAUCAACCUGCUCGUCCCGAAUUCUUGGCUCUUUUGCUCAAGGGAUACGAGAGCAAAGUGAAUCCCGUAUCCGGGAACAUUGAACCAUUGGUCCCAUUCUGGCGCAAACGGGUUCCGCGAUUCAUUGUCAGCUACACCACAGUUCUGUUUGCGGUCUUACUUACAUUGGCCUGCCUCGUCGGUGUGAUUUUGUAUAAACUGGCCAUCAAGAUUGUGCUCUAUCAGCAACCGAAUCUGAUCGUUCAAAGCACGGCCGGUAUGAUCACCACCAUGACGGGAUCGGUGAUCAACUUGAUUUUCAUUUUUAUAAUGAAAAUGACUGCUUGUCUGUGUUCCCUCGAUUCCAGUUUCUCUCUCGGAAUCUACGAUCGUAUGGCAGUGAAAUUGACCGACUUGGAACUGCAUCGGACCCAAGUGGAGUAUGAUAACAGUUUAACUUUAAAAUUGUACUUGCUACAAUUUGUGAACUACUACUCGUCCGUGUUCUAUAUCGCAUUCAUCCAGGGCACAACUUCGGCACUUCCCGGUUCCGACACCCUGAUUGUGCAGUCCACCGGAUGUGAUCAAGGCGACUGUUUGUUCGAGCUGUUUCUGCAAUUGACCAUCAUUAUGGUUGGCAAACAGAUAUUGAAUUUUUGCCAGGAAGCAUUUAUGCCGGUGUUAUUGCGUUUAUUCAAUCGUUUCAUGACAAAACGGAAACAGAAGAAACGUGCUGCCGAAGUGUUUGCCAUGGAGGGCGCGGAUAUUCGACCGGAUCAGGAAGCAAGCAAACGUCUACUGGCCUGUCGAGCGGAUUUCAAUCUGUUAGACCCCGGUUCCCGUCCGCUGUUUAACGAAUACUUGGAAAUGAUGAUACAAUACGGCUUCAUCACCAUGUUCGUUCCUGCGUUUCCGUUGGCUCCGUUCUUCGGUCUGCUGAACAACAUGUUGGAAAUUCGUGGCGAUGCGAAAAAAUUCGUGUGCCAGUAUCGACGUCCGGUGGUCGAUCGAGUCAAGACAAUCGCCGAUUCUAAUUUAUUGAACGGAUUUCUCAUUUCCGUGUGCAACAACGCCAAUGUUUGUAAGUAUGUAGCAGUUGAUCUCCAAUUGUCUGUGCGCCUGCAUCCGCCCGCUUGUCUUUUGUGCACUGGUAUACUCGAUGCUUGUCUGCAGCAGUCCCUGUUGGUUUUAGGAAUUCUGCUCUCUGUCCGAUUUCGUCGCAUACGUAUCGGCCUCAAUUCUGUGUCACGCAUGAACAGCUAA